AUGUCCGACCUCAGAUUCCAAACCGAGAACACCUCGCAACCCCCGCCCACCCGCGCCCAGCUCAAGGCCGGCUUCAUCCUCAAAGCUCCUCCCGGCACUGACCUCUGGGCCAAACCUCCUUCGACAAUCCGCUCAAACGCGCCAAUCAUCUACCACGCCAUCCCACUCUCCCGUCUCCAGACGGCGCGCGUGCAUGUCAGCGGCGCCUGGACCACGCUCUACGACCAGGGCGGUCUCGUCUUGAUCCUCCCCAGUGCGCAAAAGUGGAUCAAAUCGGGGAUCGAGUUUGUCGAUGGGAUGCCGUACGUGAGCACGGUGACCAAGGAUAACUGGGCGGACUGGAGCCUGGCGCCGGUGCCGGAUGGUGGGCGGGAGGUGGUAAUUGAGAUGGUGAGGGAGAAGGGGGCGUUGUGGGUUUAUGUGGUUCGGGGGGGUGAAGGAGGGGAGACGAGAAUGCCGGUGAGAGAGGUGACGUGGGCGUUUGCCGGGGAGCAGGAUGUGGAAGGGUGGAUUGGGGUGUACGGGUGUCGGCCGGCAAAGGAGGGCGGGGAGUUGGAGUUGAUGUUUCGGGAUUUUGAAGUUGGUCUGUCCAUAGAGGCUUAG